UGUGGGAACCAGAACCCCAGAUGAGAAGACAAAAGUUAGAAGAGGUAAAUGGCUUGCCAUGGGCCAUCUUAUAAGAGUCUGUGCCAGGAUUUAAGCUCAAGACUUUGGGAUACCAAAGACCCUGCAUCUUGCCAGUACACCACACUGUUUCUCUUAGAAUCCCACGUUAAUAAAAACAGGCAACAUUGAUUAUGCCAAGCACUGUGCUAUGUGCGUUUCAUGAAUUAUUUCAUCUGAUACUAACAAUGACAACAAGAAAGAGCAACCAUAGGAAAUAGGUGUCACUAUUGCCAUCCCAUCUCAUAGAUAAGGAAACUGAAGUGUAGAAGAAGGAGGUCCACGAAGGUCAAAGAGAGCGUAAGCGGCAGACCUGACGCUUAAACCCAAAUCUCUCUGCCUCGGAUCACAGACUUUAACUACUAGGCAACGCUGCCACCUGGCUGUCAUUUAAAUGAGAACAUUGGAGACCUGGGACUGGGAGAGGGGAGCAGGUUAGCUACAGAGAACUUGUGAAAGUGCUCCAUUUGGCUUUAUCUGUUCAUUCACAACGCAAGGCCUCCCUACAAUAAUUGGAGAUUACUUUAUAUAGUUUGUUUUUCUAACCGAUUUUCUCUCCAUGAGGGCUUGUGAUUGCUUUCUGACCCAUUAUACGUGAGCAUCUCCUCCCCCUUCUGAAUCAUUCAAUGCCUGCCAAGUUUUCCACCCCAGCUGUGGCCAGGGACCAAGUUCUGUUUUGUGCACAGAGAGAACUGAACUUCUGAUCAGAGAGAACUGAACCUGCAAAGUCCCCAUCCAAGACCUAACCCAAGUGUUUCCUAGACAGUACCAGCCAUCUCUUCUCAAGGCAGGUGGUGGCCUGAGAAUUCUGUGCCUGCUUCCUGAGGACUGCUCCACCAUGCAACGGCUGAUGAAGUUCCGAGUCCUCUGGGACAUCCACAGAGCCCGCUGUGGCUUCCACCCUGCCCUUCAGCGCCUGCGCUGCCAGUCUUUAUCGGGAGCUGGAGCCCUAAGAUGGAAUGACAGUGAUACACCUGAGGAAUUUAACUUUGCAAGUGAUGUACUGGACUAUUGGACUCAAAUGGAGAAGGAAGGCAAGAGAGGUCCAAACCCAGCCCUGUGGUGGGUGAAUAACCAAGGGGAUGAAGUGAAGUGGAGUUUCAGAGAGAUGACAGACUUAACCCGUCGUGCAGCCAACGUCUUCACACAGACCUGUGGCCUCCAGGAGGGAGACAAUCUAGCCUUGAUUCUGCCUCGAGUGCCUGAGUGGUGGCUGGUGAUCAUGGGCUGCAUCCGAACAGGGAUCGUCUUCAUGCCAGGGACCACCCAGAUGAAGGCCAAGGACAUUCUCUACCGACUACAAGUGUCUAAAGCCAAGGGCAUCGUGACCACAGAUACCCUUGCCCCAGAGGUGGAUUCUGUGGCCUCUGAGUGUCCUGCUCUGAAAACCAAGCUCCUGGUGUCUGACCACAGCCGUAAAGGGUGGCUGGACUUCCGAUCACUGAUUCAAUCAGGAUCCCCAGUUCACACCUGUAUUAAGUCAAAGACCCUGGACCCAAUGGCCAUCUUCUUCACCAGUGGGACCACAGGCUUCCCCAAGAUGGCAAAGCACAGCCAUGGACUUGCUUUGCGAUCCUUCUUCCCUUCAUGCAGGAAAUUACUGCAGCUGAAGACAUCUGAUGUCCUCUGGUGCCUGUCAGACACAGGCUGGGUUCUGGCUGUCCUGGGGUCCCUGCUUGAACCAUGGACAGCGGGGUCUACAGUCUUUGUCCAUCAUCUGCCCCAAUUUGACCCCAAGGUCAUUGUACAGACUUUAUUCAAAUACCCUAUUACUCAAUGCUUUGCUGCGCCCUCUGUAUUUCGAAUGAUUCUGCAGCAGAAUUCCACCAGCCUCAGGUUCCCCACCCUGGAGCACUGCUGUACUGGUGGGGAGGCCCUGCUGCCCGAGGAGCAAGAGCUGUGGAGAAGACAGACAGGCAUUCUGCUCUACCAGGCCUACGGACAGUCAGAGACGGGAAUAAGUUGUGGCACUCUCCGGGGGAUGAAGAUCAAGCCGGGUUCCAUGGGGAAGGCCAUCCCACCCUACGACAUUCAGAUCAUUGAUGACAAGGGCAACAUCCUGCCGCCCAACACUGAAGGAAACAUUGGCAUCAGGAUCAAGCCUACCAGACCCAUAGGCGUCUUCAUGCGCUAUGAGAGUAACCCGGUGAAGACAGCCGAAGUGGAGUGUGGGGACUUUUACAACAGUGGGGACAGAGCAACUAUUGAUGCGGAGGGCUACUUCUGGUUCCUGGGGAGGGCCGAUGAUGUCAUCAAUGCCUCCGGGUACCGCAUUGGGCCAGCAGAAGUGGAGAACGCCCUGGCAGAGCACCCAGCGGUGGCUGAGUCCGCUGUGGUGAGCAGCCCCGACCCGAUCCGAGGGGAGGUAGUGAAGGCUUUCAUUGUCCUGACCCCAAAAUUCCUGUCCCAUGAUCGGGACCAGCUCACCAAGGAGCUGCAGCAGCAUGUGAAGUCAGUGACAGCCCCGUACAAGUACCCAAGGAAGGUGGAGUUUGUCUCAGAGCUGCCCAAAACCAUCACUGGCAAGAUAAAAAGAAGUGAACUCCGGAAGAAGGAGUUUGGUCAGAUGUAAUUGGCAGUAAACUCAGAAACCACUGUGUGAUGUUGGCCAAAUGCCUGGCGGCCUCAGUUUCCUCACGAUGGUGAGGGUGAGGAGAGGAACGCAGAGAGAGUUGACCUGAAAGAGAGCCAGAAGUGUCAACAUUCCAGCAUUUUUGUCUUUUAAAUUAAUAUCAAUCACUAUCCUUCCUCCAAGUUCCCUGUUCCUUUCAGAUUGCCCAGCUGAGCACUCAGAAUGGGGUUGAAGCAAAUUAAAUACUGACUCAGCAUCCACA